UCAUUUUUUGCUGGAUAUAGGGGUGGAUGUGGCAGUACGAAAAAAAAAGGACAAAUUCUCGCAUUGAAAGCACGACCAGCAUGUUCAUAAGAAAUUCCCCAAAUUCAAGAACGAAUAACACACAAAUAUGUACAUUUCGUGAAAUCUAGGUCCUUUGUCACGCAGAAUUUUAGGCAGUUCUUCCCGUCCCAACAAGUUUGUAAGAUGAAUUUAUCGUUUCGUACGAGUUGACGUAACAGCGCGCGACCCGGCAUCGCAACCUGAUGCGGCAGAAGGGCACAUGCAUUUUCUUAGACUGGUGCCCCCUGCUCUAUAUAGGAAGAAUUGUGAUAGAUUUGAAGGGAGCCAAUCUUGAGCGCGCAAAAGGUUCCUCGUGGGGUUACCUAGACAACGAAGAAGGUCCUAAUAAUUGGACAGCAAUUUAUGACGAGUGCGGCGGUCUGCAACAGUCUCCUAUUGACAUUGUGACCGCCAGUGUUGUGGCCAAAGACUUGGGCGACUUCACCUUGGUUGGCUUUGGAGCGGACGAUGUACCAGCCGGUGCAGUAAUGACCGUGUCAAACAAUGGCCAUGGGGUUGUGGUGUCAAUGCAAGGAGAUUACCAAGUGAGUGGGGCUGAUCUUGGGCCAACAGCCUACAAAGCUGUGCAGUUUCACUUCCAUUGGGGCAGUGUGAACUCUCGAGGCUCAGAGCACACCGUAGAUGGGAAGGCCUAUGCGGGGGAGUUGCACAUUGUUUGCUUCAAUACAAAAUAUGCGGAUUUCAACGAAGCUUUACAGAACGAUGAUGGGCUGACAGUUCUGGGAUUCUUUCUGGACGUUCAGGCAGAAGACAAUGCAGCUCUAGCACCGCUGUUUGAUGCCAUCUCCAUGAUCCAGUUUGAAAACGAUGAGGUUCCACUUUCCCCAACUGUGGUCUUCAAGAACAUUUUCCCCAGCGACCUGUCACCGUUCUACCGCUACAGUGGUUCCCUGACCACGCCCCCUUGCUUUGAGAUCGUCACCUGGAAUGUCUUUUCAAAACCCAUUAUGGUAUCCGAAGCACAGCUGAUGACGUUCCGUAGACAGUUUGCUAACGAACGUAAUGCAUCGGCCAACAUCACCCUGACAGACACCUUCCGUCCUGUCCAAGCAGUCGACUCUCGUACGAUCUUCUUAAACACGGCGUCCUCUGCUUCAGGCUUGGUUGCAUCCUCGUCACUCGUUGCCAUGGUUAUCAUCAAGAUGCUCGCUUCGGUUCUGGAUGACUAAAACCAAUUUCUCCCAAUGCCUGUUUCAUUCUCUCCGCAUCGUAUUAAUGCAAACCAAGACUGAACUGAAUACCAUUUGUGUUUGGGGGUAAAUGAUUACUUUACAUGUACAGUUUAACAACAAAACCAAAAAAAUGAGUGCGACUUUGUCGGCGGUGGUGGCUUGAGGGAAGGGUUGUGCCUCACUAACAGACACUGGUGGCAGAAUUGAGGAGGAUGAAGGGCCAAAGGGGGCCAGUGCAGUACCCCACUUUUCUGACUGGGAGGGCAUAGCCCCCCACUUUUUGCAGGUCUUAUAAUGUGGGUGGGGCUUAAUGGAUUAAUUAAUGGCUGAUGGUCUUAAACUGCCCCCCCCACUUUGAAAAUCAUUCCACCGCCAUUGCUAGCAAAUUGGUACUCUGAGAUUGUUUAACAGGAACCUUUGUCUUUUAGGACAGUACUAACGUGUGUGCAACUGUCACACUACCAAAUAUUUUUUGGAUAUUUUCUUUAAGGAACAAUUAUUUGAAACAGAUACACAGACUGCACCGUGUUGAAUCACUAGAGCAAACAUUGAUGGGUGCUAACAGAAAAGAUUGAGACAUGUCUUAUGUUAGUGAUUAUGCAUCAUUGUAUUUGUCAAUUACCAGAUCUUUAUCUGUGUAUAUUAUUUGGUUAUCCCAGAGAGCUACAAACCCAGCUCUGUGGUUAUCCUGAGUGUUUCAGUUUGACUUGUAGUAGAUGUGGACUUUUUGUGAUGGAUCUGAAAAGUAUUAGAUAAAAAAGUUUUUCCUUGCUGAAAACAAAAGAACGAGAAUAUUAAGACACCAACUGAACGCAGCUUGUCAGGUGAACAUCUUAAGAUGUUAAUGACAUUAGAGUUGAAUUGAAAGCACUUAGCACUUUGUCCCUUUAAAGCCAAGAUUGACUUGAUGGGAUUAGCUCUCUGAAGGACUGAUUCCUGGUUGUCCCUACCCCCAUAAAAGCAAAAAAACAAAAGGUCUCUUGUUCUGAUUGGCUACAGAGCAAACAGAGUCUGAGGACAGACUUUAGUUGUUGACAAGCAGAUCCUUCAAACUCUUCAGAUUUUUACGUCAAAUCUAUGUUUGAGAUUUUGGCAACCCAGAUUUCAGACAGGCAAGAAUGCAGAACUGAGCCUGUCAUACAUGUACAUACAUGCAGGUGUUCAGUUUUACAAGAGUAGAAUUCUGCAUUGCUUAAGACUCGGGUGUAGGGGAUCUGCCAGUGAACAAAAUUCAAAAUUACUUCAGUCAUGUACAGUAUUACGGCACAUACACCUGUUUUUUUCAUAUGAUCCCAGUCAAAUCCACCAUGGUGGACCUGUACUAAAUUCUAAAUCAGUAGAAACGAAACAGUGUGGAUAGGCUUCAAGAUGAGCUUGUCUUGAUAGUUGCAGUUGCUCUUUUUUUCCCACUCCUCAAACUCAGGAACAGUAUUUUUGUCAUUUCUCAGUGCAAAUUAAAGGUUUUACAUCACCACAGCAUUAGCACAGUACCAUGGUUUUGUACAGCCGAAACUGACUUUGGGAGUUUCUUUGUCUUUUAAAAGAUUUACAGGGUUAUCAACAUCACCCACAUUUACGCUUCUUUUUUUUAGUUUAUUGUCCACGUGGUGAUGCUGAGACUGAGACAAACAAUAUGAAAACUUAUAAACAAUUUUAUCUUUGUUUUUUAGCAAAUUUUCUUUCCUUCCUAUUUAACUAAUAUUGAUGUUUCUGUGAUAAGUGGUGUCAUCUGUGAAAUUCAUGUUAACAAAGAAGAAUUGUGUUUACUAAUUAUGGAGUGGUAUGUGAGCUUCUUCAAUAUUUGGAUUAUCUGGGAAGUCUGGUAGCAGAUGGUGAUGACAGAUUGAUGACUUGCCAACUCUUGUACCCAGUAAAUUGAUGUAACUGAAUGAGUACUCAGUCUCUGUGAAUGCACAAUGUUUGGUAUGGAGGAUGCAGUGAAAAUCUAUGUUUCAUUUGCCUAUUUCAUAAGCUCGAUCAGAUUUAUUGUAGGUACGAGCACGGACACAUGCCACACCCCUUCGCAGGAAAGCGUGGCAACAUGCCCCAACCUUUUUUUUUGGAACACUUUAUAAUCCUGUGCACAAGUUAGCCAUCUUUUCUUCAUAUUGUUCUGUGGGCAUUAGAUCAGUGUUUGGCCCACAACGCACAUCUGGCACGAGAUGUAUACAAAAUGAAAGGCUGUGUUGCCCGAAUGGUUAUGCAUUUCUGGAAGUGUAUCGAGACCAAGAAACAUUUGAUAUCAGGAGAUAGGCACGCAGGCUGUAUUUGAACAAAACAGUCGAGCACCUUUUAAUAAUAAUAAUAAUUCAGCCAUUUAUGUAGCGUUCUUACACAAAAUGGAAUCACAGCGCUUCACACAAAGUAAUACAGAAUGAGAAAAUAAUAGCUAAUGGGCUAUUAGUUUAAAAACGCAUGCAUGGAAGAUGGGUUUAAGCAGUAUUUUAAACAUGGCAAGGGAAGUUGCAUGACGGAUCUCGUGAGGAAGGUUAUUCCAAAGGUUUGGAACAGCUGCAUAAAAACCUUUCGUGGAAAUGGAAGAGCACUCACAAAGUUGUCAUUCCCAUUUGCGGUCAAAAGGGGACGGAACAAAUGUACCUGACAGUUUUUGAGGUGAAAUUGGACAUUGACCUUUAUUAAAUUUCAAAACAGCUAUCCCUCCUUGGUCUCAAUCCAUAGUUCCAGACAUAGCCUCAACACUGUGAUACACCUGAGGAAAAGGUUGUGGAGUGCUCAAGGCAGAAAUGUAAAACUGUCGGGAUAACAAGUAUAAACCUGAGCGUAACUUAAUAGCUCCUUUUACAGUGUUUAUUGCUAUGGAAAGUAUUUGUGUUCAGAGUGAAAUAUUUAUAUUGAAUGUGACAUUUGUGAAGAUACAUGUAAUAAAAGAACAACAUAAA